UGCUACAACAUGGCGACGACUGAUCAGUCCUCGAUUCCAAUCUACUUCCAAAGGACGCUCGUUCCACCUCAUUCAAUCGCAGUGUCUGCUUUGGGCUCCUCGCGACCCUCCUCGCGAUUUGCAUCUCCAGCUUCGUCUCCAGCACUUACACCCACCAAAUCAUUUGCUGACUCGACUGUAGCUUCAUUGAAAACAUUCCUGCCUCGUACAACCCUUCGCAAAUCGCCCGACCAUGCAGGCAAUAUGGAGCGGCUGCUCUUUUUUCGAGAAUGCUUCCGUAGGAUGGAGUUUUGGGAGGAAAGCGCUAUCCUGGAGAGGAUGUAUUAUAAGAAUAAGUCUCAGCACAGACAUGCCGGGUACUUUCAGCGACUUUGCGAGUGUCGUCGCCUUGUCUCGCGGAUAAUGGAACUCGGUAUGGCUGGACUUAUGGACGAUCUGGUGAAGAAUUUUUAUUCCGGGAGAAGCUUGAAGGCCGCGAUGAGUGGCAAUGUGCAGUGGGACUCUAUACCAUAUCGAUCAACCGUGGCGUUUACGAUGACACGCAUCAUUGGAUCAGUCCUGCUGCUGCAAAAGUUACAGUUCGCAUUGCACGAAACCUAUGGGACAUUUUAUCAGCUCAUGUCAAAAACCCAGUUCAUGUCGUUUGCGCUAAUAGUAAUUGGACUCUGCAGCAGACUGACAGUGCUAUCAAAAGCAUGGACAAGCGAACUUGUCGACUGCUAUGAGCUGCUAAAUACAUGGAUCAAAUUGUUUCCAAAGGAGGACACCCGAUCGAACUCGGUGGACUACGAAGGGCAACUUCCAGAUUCCAUUCACAGUUUGAUUGCUGCCAAAGUACCUACGAUCCCGAAACUACCAUCGCCAUCGAUGCAACCCCAGUAUAUGGAAUAUGUGCCAGUAGAAGGAUUAGAUUUGGGCGAAGUUAUACAACGAGCAGAGUUACCUUCUGCACUAGAAUCUUCAACAGCACGGCCACAACAGAGGCAGAACUACCCUUUCUCGCUAAAGUCCGAACCAGGACCUGACUCGAGCUUGGAAAAUGCGGACCUAGACGACACACACGCCAGUCUCCGAGGCGAAACCGACACAAUCUCUGGGAAAAAUUCUACCACUCCUUCAAUUAUUCAAUCCAGCAAGGCGAAGAAGACACUGUCGGAUCUGUCGGAUAUGGAUAAAAUCUUUGGGGACAAAAAGAAACAGAAGGCGAAGGACAAAAUGAAAGUAAAAAAUAUCGGCGACUCUGCCGCAUCCCCGUUUCAGUCUGCUCCCUCGUCAUCAGGCCCGAAUUCAGGUUUGAAGGGCAAGGCCAACACUGGAUCCACCACAAACUUUGACGACAUAUUUAGUUUUGAUCGGCAGCCAUCUUCAGCGCGAGGAGCAACCACUACAAAGCUGAAGAAGAUAAGCAAGGAGAUCGACGAUAUCUUUGGGACUUCCAAAAAGCCAAAGAAGUCGACAGGCUCGGAGAUCCUUGGUGGCCCACCAAAAAAGAAAAAGAAAUAAAUUACACGUGAUGAUUGUGACCUCGCUGAACGUCAUGGCAUUUGAGAAUGGUGG